AUGCAGACCGAAAUGAACGCCGCCAAAACCAAGAGCAAAGCUCAAAAAUCUCAGCCGUCCCUGACUUGCAACGCCAACACUCAACCGCCCCCAAUAUGCCCUCUGUGUCAACGAACGUUCCUUGAACAAAUCAGGCCUAGUGGAUAUCUUUGCCCCAACUGCUACACCCGGAAGACACCACCUGAUGCCUCCCCGUCCACCUUUGCCAGGCAACCCACGUCGAUAAUCAAGUAUAACUGUGCUCCGGAUUCCUCGUCACACUACCCCGCUUCUACUGCAGUGACUCCUGUCCCCAUCAGCACUGCACACAAUCCUGACGCACCGUCAAACCUCAUCCUCCCCACUGCCAACAUCAGUGAUGUGGACUCAGUCCAUAAAUGCCGCCGUUGCAAUCGCACAUUCACCUCACACAUCGGUCUGGUCCGCCGCUUGCGAAUCCAUUACACACAAACUGGUGAACCGCUGUCCCGGACACCCACAUGCACUCGCCGCAUCCGCCUCCAGUGUCCGCUCUGUCUCCGCACAUUCGCUGACUACAUGGGCCUACUUCGUCACAUGCGUAUCCACGGUAGCGGGAUUCACCACAGUCUCUACAUGCCUCGCGCACCCACAUGA